AUGGAUGAGCCUUCUACAUCUAGUAGACAAGCCGAUCAAAAACAGUGGAGAGAAAAGUUUUUAACAGAAAUUUUGGAAAGUGAAAUUAAAAAGUCUUCUCAUUAUAAUGUGUUGUCAUCAGAUAAAUAUUCGGAACUGGUUGAACAAGUGGAAGACGCUGAAAAGUCGGCAAAAAGGACACCAUUACAACAAAGACGACUGAAACGGUUUGGUGUGCUAAAAAUUGGAGAUGUGACAAAACUUAUAGCGCGGGAGGAAGGGAAUAUAAAAUACUAUCUACAGGCUGAUGAGCUUUAUGAUGUGAUUGAUGCAGCUCAUGGGGCGGUUGGACACGGCGGACGUGACAGGAUGAUAGCCGAGACAUCAAAAAAAUAUGCUAAUAUCAGAAAAGAGAUGAUAAGCCUCUAUUUAUCAAUGUGUGAUGUGUGUCAACAAAAGAAGACAAAAAAGAAGAGGGGAUUAGUUUCAAAGCCUAUUCUUCACUCUGAAAUGAAUAGCAGAUGUCAAGUGGAUUUGAUCGAUUUUCAGACACAACCAGAUGAAUAA